CGACUGUUAAUUGAGUCCCCCUUUGUACUCGAGGGCCCCCGGAGAGCUAGUCUAGCAAACAAACGACGCCGAGUGUAACAAUGGACUUCCCGCCUGAUAGGCACAGUCCCCGUGUCCCGAAUGCGCAGCUGCGGCCCGACCUAGCUUACUUCCCCGGCCAUUCAAAGUCUCUAGAGGGAAUAGCUAUCCGAUCAUUCUGUCUCGGUAUCACUCUCGCGGUCUCUGUAACAGCUAUUAUCCUAAUAUUAUCAUUGACUGCGUCGCCCCUCUGGCGCAUUCCUUUCUUUUUCGGCGCACUCUCAGCCUUCCACUUUUUGGAAUUUUGGACGACUGCCAAGUACAAUACCUCGGUGGCCAAGAUCGAAUCUUUCCUUUUGACUGCCAACUGGCCAGCGUAUGCCAUCGCUCAUGUGGCAGCUUCGCUUGAAUGUCUGGUAACCAAGCUGUUUUUCCCGAAUCGUGCAUGGGCGCCUUUCUAUAGCGGCCACAUACUCCUCCUCUUGGGGUUUAUAUUAGUUAUUCUCGGACAGGCUGUGCGGAGUCUAGCUAUGAUUCAGGCCGGAACCUCGUUUAAUCAUACUAUUCAACGUAAAAAGAAAGACGAUCAUGAGCUAGUCACUACGGGCAUAUACUCGUUCUUACGGCAUCCUGCGUAUUUUGGCUUCUUCUAUUGGGGGAUCGGGUCGCAGCUGGUCCUAGGUAACCCAAUAUGCUUUGUUGGGUAUCUGAUCGUUCUAUGGAGAUUCUUCGCAACACGUAUCAAGUCUGAAGAGGGUGAUCUCGUCCAAUUCUUCGGGGACGAUUACACCGACUACAAGAAGAGGGUUGGAACCGGGAUUCCUUUGAUUAGAUAAAACGCUGGGACUGCGCAAAUAGCCAGAAUUGGGGUGUUUCUGUACAGUAUCUUCUGCUAUUCUUGCCGUACCAUUAGGCAGCACAGUUUUCGCUAAGUCUGA